AUGGGCCUUGCAAGAGGCGGGAACAAAUGCGAAAGACAACCGGACCCAACCUAUUCUGAUGUCACAGCUUUUUUGGUGAGCCUUUUUUGUCUGUCCGACCGUCGUUUCAUCUGCUUCGAAAGGCCAAUUGCGCCACUUUUCUCAUCGCCGUCUCAUUGGGUUUUGCCAGCCGUUUUUUUUUUCAUGUUUGGUUUUUCUCUUCAUUAUUUCGAAAUUUGAAGAUUUUUGUAGAUAGUUCAUUAAACCUUAACUUUUUGUCACGAUGUCUUAUCUAACAAAAAACUUCAAAGUUUACUAGUUUUCAUUGGAGCGUGCUCCUCCUGACUUUGAAAGUAUUCUGAAAUUGUUUUUCGUUUCUCCCUGAAGAUGUAGGAAUGGUUUCCGUUUUUUUUUAUCGUUCCGCCAAAAGUCUAGUGUAGAGAUCGAAAAAAAAAUUAAGUUAAAUCAAUUGAUGUCCAGUAUUUUUCGCUCGGUUUCACGAGGUGGCUAUUGAAAAUCUUACGCUAGUUCUCAAAGCUCGGAAUCAGCAUUUCUUUUUUUUUUCGAAAAAUCUUAUUCGCUCACAAGAAAAACUUUUGAUUGAGUUUUUUUUUCCGACCACGACCGUCAGCAUCCUAUGACACUCGCACUAUUGAAAGUGCAUCACCAAAAGAAGUAUUCAACUGUACCGCCGAUCUCGUCUCACCUCAAGUGAUUCAGUUUUCCGACCUUCUGUUUCUCUGCCGCCCAAAACCUGAAGUGAUUGUUGCAUUUUCUUCUUCGAAACUAUCGAUUUUUUCAAUUAUCUUUUAUUCAUUUUUGUUGAUUAUUUAAUUAGGCGGGUUUGUGAUGAGAACUUAGUUAGAUUUUUGAUAACUUUCCAUAUGCUUUGAGAAUAGAUUUUUAGGGGAUUUCUUGCUUUCGCAAAAUCGAAUCUAUAAAUUUUUGUGCGCUUACCUCAUGAAUUUCGAAUUUUUUCGUUGAAGGUUUCCAGGGGUUUACCGUUUUUCACAUGAUUCUAUCCACUGCAAAAAAGAGCAAAGGACAUGUAGCGUCUUUGAAAAAGGCAACGAAAGUUGUUUUCACCAAGGGAAUGGAAACUACGCAUUUGCUAAAAAUAUUUUUUGUAAAUCUGAACGAAGAUUUCCCAAAAAAGAGUUUUGAAUUGAUGCUUGCAGCUCUUUCGGCAGAGCUUAGUUAAACCUUUGAGAAAUCAUAUCUUUAGGAUUGGAAGUUUGCGCGAUUAGAGACUAUGAGCAAAUAACACGUGGAGGUCUAAAGAUAAAGACAAAGAAUAUCCUAACUUUGUCCUGAAAUGGCCUACUCUUUGUCUUGGUGCCUCUGAAGGCACAUUUCUAAACAUAAUUUUUCUUAUAUUGAGAGAGGUUUUUUUUUGCAAUAAGCGUUAUAGGAAAUCUCACUGUAAAGAGAUUAUUUCUUAUCAGCCAGGUCUUAUUUUUUCUUUAUUCAUCGACCCAAACAGAAAUAAUCAUGCAAAAGAAGUGCUCGGGUGGUUCGGCUGAAUUUGAAAACGGCAUCUCUCGAGGUGUGCAAAGUGAAGAGAUGGAGAAGUGACAUGCGCAAAGCGGGGCCUCCUUCGUGCCGCCGUCACCCGCUGCCUGUUUACAGUUUCGUGUUCUCCGACGUUUAUUUGCACUCCUUCUCUUUUGCCGUCGCUCUCUUCGCCACGGCAAUGUUGCAAUUUUUGCCAUAAUCAGUCUCACGUGAGUCUUUUUUCUGAAACCGUCUCUGGUCAGGUCUUAUCUAUGAACCGCCUGAAGCCACGCUUACUCACGCUGAUAAGCUACCGCUUGCUUUAUCAAUGGUCACUGGAGAUCUUCCGUUUAUUCCUUACUUGCAAAUCCAAAGUUUGUAAAGAUAAUUAUUCGACUGAACUAUGAGUAGAAAAUAUUUAUUUCUUCUCAGCCUCAUACCAAAAAAACGGCGUUUAAUCAUUUUUCCCAAGAUUUUGUUAUUUUUUCAGCCCUCUCACUACAGGAACAGAAACACUCGAUAUCUUUGAAUCAUUUUCAGCAAAUCUUACUGUAUUUCCAAGACUUUGAAGCUUUUUUCAAGCUGUCGCCAUUUCUGAAUUUUCUAUUUCACCAAUCGCCCCGUGAGGAGUUUAAAAAACUAUUUUCUUAAGCCAGCAGCAAAUGAACUGUAGAGUGGAGGUCACGAACAAAGUCUUCAAAUAUAUUUCAGUUUGACCAAAUGUUAAAGUGCACUGAAAGGCCGUUUCCGUAACAAUGUUGAGUUUGAAAAAACUGGAAGUCGAGAGGCAAUAAAUUUAUUCUCGAGUGAACGCCGAUCGUUCAAAUAAGCCGUCAGAUUAACUUUUGUCUUUUUCGGAGACUUGCCAGUUUUUCGAUAACAAUAAGGAUGAGUUGUGAUUAUACAAUUUGAGUAGCUUGCUCAAACACAGGAAAAAAAACGGAAAAUAGAAAAAAUUUGUGGUUCGUCGGUAACUCAAAAAAUAAAAAUAAAAGAUGUUCAAACUGCUCCAGUUAAUCUUAUCAAAUUAGUGAUGAAGAUCAAACGAUGAUAAAAUGGUCCUUUUAUUGUGAACGAGAUAGAUUUCUGUAAAGUUAUAGAUAUCGUCAUGUUUACUAGCCAACAAAAUUUUCUCAAGCUAAUUAGUUCGCACUUAUGUCGAUCUCAGGACGAAGUUCUAAAAAUCCUUAUGUAUACAUAUUUCUAUUCACUCUAUUCUUUCGCACAAAUUCUUUUCGGAAAAUGUCUUUUUGAUCUUCGUUUUUAUUAUCCAGUUAGAUAGUGAAAACUUGAUAUUGCUCCAAACUACCUCAUUAAUUUGCUUCAGAGAACUCAUAAUCUCUAUAAAAAAAAACCCACGAUUUUUUUUAGGAAUGCAGUGUUUAACAGCUGUGAACUGGUUUGAGGUUGAAAGAACCGUGAUUUACUGCGCUCUUUUAGCUCAUAAAAACUCUUUUCGAUUUGUUUCAUUACUUCAUUUACAACUUUUUAAGAUCCAGCUCUUAUACGAUUAUCAUGACUAACCAUUUCGUUCGCUUUUUUUUUUGCUUCACGAUUGAUUAAACCUUGAACAUUUUCAGUAUGCCAUGGAAUUAGGAGUUCUCGAGACAAAAGGGCAGAUCGGAGUGCGUUGCAAACUACUCAUGAACAUCCUUCGCCGCGCAUUCAGCUUCCGCGACAAACGCAAUGGUCAGUUUAUUCAGCAAGCUGGACCUUCUAAUGUGAAGUUCUCAGCUUCUGCUCAAGUAUAUUUUAAAUUUCUCCAAAUAUCCCUUUUCCUCGAUCUCCAAAGAUGAUCAUAAUAGUUCUUUUUUUCUUUUUAAUUAUGUUCACCAAAAAGGUGUAUGUUUUUUUGUGGUAUGAGAGAAGCCAUUUUUAGUCUAGAUGGAAAAAUGCUUUCAAAAAGCUUGUGAAUAUUUGAAAAUCUUUUGUAUUUUCUAAUGGGCUAACUCUGGAAAAUAGCUUGAUAGAGAAAAUAUUCCAAGUUGAGAGAAUUUUCCGAUUUUGAAUAACUUCUCGAAAAAGUUAGAAAAAGGAAAAAAACAACAUCACAAACGUCUCUCUUCCUUUUGAAGUCUCUUUGUUUUGUUUUUCGAUCUCAUAUUCUUUGUAAGUUCCACGGCGUGCGCUGUCUAGACGCCGGCUGGCAGGGCGUCUUUUCGAAAGGUUCACCCAGCGCCGACGUCCGCAAAACGUGAUGCAAAAGGGCUUUGAUGAGAAAAACCGUUUACGCGCUUGAAUGAAUAGCGCGCCGAUCAAAUGGUAUUGUUUGAAUGGAGUCUGGGAACCGCAGAAUAUUUUUUCCUUGUCUAACAUGAUUUUUUAUGGGAUCAAGAAAGCUUGGGAAAGCAUGGCAUGGGAACCGAAUGCAAUGUUUGAAAAUAACAAAAGAAGAAUUUUUUGGGGCAAAAAUAUAUUUCAUCAUAUCAAGGAAAGUGAUUUUACAUGUAAUUUGCGAACUUUAUGAUAAUGAGCCAACUUAAUUGGCCCAUAAAUUAAGUUCAAUGACACUUGAUAGCUUCGCGAUAAAGUUUUUUGUUUGGAAAAAAUGUCUUCUUGAACGGAAUUCAGUUUCAUUUGUAUUCAAACACUUUUAACAAAGGGAAGAGGAUUGGAAAGGCACCUCUUGGCUUGGCUGUCAAGACAAGCCAUUUAGUCAAACGAUAGAAAUGAGUCAUUGACUUACUUUUGAAAAAGUCAUUUCUGCUUUUGGCUGGGCAGGUAGGGCGGCUAGUGAGCAGCCAUUCUCCUCCUCUAACGUUUAAGUGGUGCUGUGAAUAACUCUUGAGCAAAAACCCUAAAUUUUUUUUUAUUCAUCAAGCCCAAAACGGAUACAAAAUCUAUAAAAUUAGAAGAUUGGAAAAGAAAUUGUUCCUAAGCAUUUUGAUCAGUUCAUAAAAUAUAUAAAACUUCUUUCCAGCACCUGAGAGCAGCUCGACUACAACGUCGAUAGAACUGACAGAGCCCUCAGCCAAACGAAGGGUUUCCUCUUUAGCUGGUGAGUCUGAUUUCCAUUUUAAUUCUUUUCUCGAUUUCAGGUAGUGACAUUGCUUCGACCUCUCGGGAAUCUUUCAAUCUUGUCCCAGAUGCGCCUUCAGUUUAUGAAGAUCCUUUUGUCGCUGUAACAGCCGACGGAUGUGUCCACGUCAAAUAUUACUACACUUAUAAUCCGAGAACGGAGUUCCGAAUGGAAGAUGUUCAUCUUCCCCACAUGGUCGGUUUUUUUAAUGAAGUGCCAACAUUUUUUUCUUAUAGAAAAAGUUGCGACGGACGGUUCGCAUCUGCCAGUUGAGAACAAUCUUCUACGCGUCGCCGAUGGAAUCGCGCGACUCGCAAACAUGCAAGACUUGGGGAAUGUCACGCAAUGACGUAUGGUGGGCAAGCCACCUGAACCGGUACGUUUUGCUUCGGUUCAGAUCUCUUCUUCUGUUUCUUGAUUCGUGGAAAGUUCUUUACAUGUUUUUUUCAGUUUUCUAUUUUUUUCCGUCGGAAAGGGUAUGAGAUAUAGUUUAAGUGACUGAAAAACUUACAAGAAAAAUUUUAAAAAAAGCCAUAAUUCAAACAUUAGAUGAAGUUUCGCGGAGAUGUUCUUUGAGAAAAACUUUUUUUGCUUUCUAAUUAGAUGCAUCAAAGUUUUCGAAAAAGUCAUGGUAGUAAAAAAACCUUUUUGAGUUCUUUGAAUCGUUUCAAGAGCCGGAUUGAUUUCCAAAAAGAAAAAAAUUUCUUUUUUUAUCGUAAUCAGAAAUUUUUUUGAGUGAAUCUCAGAAUGACUCUGAAAAAAAUUUCAAAACUAAUACUAAAAAAACACGUUUGACUGUUUAGAAAGCAACGAAUGGAGAAUAUUUUGGAUAGAAUUUUUUGGUAUCUACUGUUUUAAACAUGAUACAUUUUUUCGAAAUUCCAGGCAAGAAGAAGGGAAUUUGUACUCUAACGUGGUUUUGGACGAUGGGACGACAAUUAGAGCCGGCUUCACUGUCAUCAAUCUCGACGCUUUCGCGGAGUCUCUUCAGUACCUGGGCUUGAGCCAGGAAGUUCCGUGAGUCUCUUCAUUCUGAUUGGAAAGCAAACAAGAAUAAACAUUUCGACCGAAGAUAUGGAAUGGACAAAAAGUAAAAUAUUUCAAAUAGCCAACAAGUAGAGUUUAAGGUUCCAACACGGCUUACCAAGUCCGCCCUUCAACCUUAUGCAAAUCCCCUUCAUCGAUGAAGAACCAGGUAAUCCGGUUUAAACGGAUGAGAAUAUUUAUCAAGCAUUUUUAGAGCUCGAAUCGGAAGAACAGGCGGGACCUUCCCGCAUCUCCUCGCCAGCUUCUACCUCCUCCGUUCGGACUUGA